GUAAAGGGGGCUUUUAACUAUUUUAGAUAAUCAAUCCAUAAAUUUUAGCUCCAACGGACUAUUUAUCUCAAUCGGUAUUUCCCAUAAUCCAAAUAUCACUCGCUAGAUCUGGCGACCAUCCAACGCUAGCUAUUUCCUCAUUUCACGCCAAAAUCGUCACUCACAGAAGCUCCACAGCUCCAUCGUCUUCAUCAUCGCAGAGUUGGGUUCAUCGUCUCCACAGCUCUAUCGUCUUCGUCACUCCAAAAUCAUCUUCACACCACAGAGAGGGGAUGAUGGCGUGUUCUUUGCUACCCUUACCUCUACGCCCUUCUCCACCUCCCAAUUCCUACCAUUUCUUUUCUCAUCAACACCACUUAAUUGCCUCGUGUUUUUCCCGCUCCCGCCCCUAUUACCACUACUCUCAGUCUCAACAACAAGGCCGCCGCCUCCUCCUCAAUAAUAACAAAUCUAAUGGCCUGCUCUUCUUUGUCCCCUCAAUUCACCCAUCACUCACUCAUUAUCCACUCAAACCCUAUCCUGCUCCUGCUCCUGCUCUUGACUCCGAUGCCCCACGCCCCACUCACCAGACAUCAGAUAAGUUGAAGAAAAGUAACAGUUUCGAGCAAUGGGAUUGGUUGACUGCAAAAUUUGCGGGAGCUUCAAAUUUACCAUUUCUGUUGCUGCAACUGCCCCAGAUCAUACUCAAUGCUCGUAAUCUUAUGGCAGGAAACAAGUCCGCACUCUUGGCAGUUCCAUGGCUGGGGAUGUUCACUGGGUUGCUUGGGAAUCUUUCGUUACUAUCAUACUUUGCAAAGAAGAGGGAAACGGAGGUGGUGGUGGUACAGACAUUAGGAGUUGUAUCCAUAUAUGUGGUGAUUGCUCAGCUGGCUAUGGCCGAAGCGAUGCCUCUCCCUCAUUUUGUCAUCACUUCUUUUGUGGUUGCUUCUGGUCUCAUUUUAAAUUUUUUGUAUUACUUUGAGUUGCUCAAUCUGGGAAUCUGGCGCUUUUGGGAAGAUUUCAUUACCAUUGCUGGGCUCUCUGCACUUCCCCAAGUCAUGUGGUCAACAUUUGUCCCGUAUAUUCAAAACAGUAUCUUGCCAGGGGUGAUGGCUUUCAUCAUAGCCGUUGUGGCUGUUAUUAUGUUCACGCACAGCAAGACGGUUGAAGAAACUGUAGAAUCGACAAUUGUAGUCACGAAAUCUCGUCUCGAUCGAAUUCGAUCCACCUCAUCUGCGCAUUUUAAUCAGGCCAUCGAUUAUAUUCAAGAUGUCAAGACUGAUUAUAGUGCUUAUGAGGAUAUGGUCUUUGGAAAGAUUAAAGAGGGUAUUCUUGUUGCUGCUUCGCAUCCAUUGGUUAAGAGUUACGACAAUCAAUUGUUUCAUUGA